AUGCUUUGUCAACACAAGGACAUCCUCCAAAGAAAAUCCGGUGAAAAAGUGACCCACAGAGGCGAGCCAUCUGAUUGGAGAAUCCCCAGGCAGAUGAGAUCCUUAGGUCCGAAGGCAAUGAUCACCGGUGGUGCUGGAUAUUGUGGAUUCCAACUGAGCCAUGCUCUCCUCCAAGAAGGGAUUGGUGUGGUUUUGCUUGAUAGAUGUGAACCUAAACGGGAGCUCCCCAAGGGAGCAGUCUUCUUCCAGGCCGAUGUGAGGGAUUAUGAGAGAGUCUUCCAAGCUAGCGAGGGAAUUGACACCAUUUUUCAUCUGGCAAGCUUUGGCCUGUCUGGAGACGAGCAACUCAAAAAGAUAAAAGAGAUUGACUCCGUCAAUGUGAGAGGAACAAAGGUUGUCAUUGAUGUUUGCAAAUCAAAAAACAUUUCCAAAUUGAUCUAUGGCAGUUCAGUGAUCGUUGUAUUUGGAGGGGAUCCAAUUGAAGAUGCAGAUGAAACGUUGCCGUACUUUCCGCUUGAAAAGCAACCUGACAAUUAUUCUAAAUCCAAAACAAUUGCAGAGCAGAUGAUCCUAGCUGCCAACGGAGCCCCACUUCGGGGAGGAGAGACGCUCCGAACAUGUGCGCUUCGACUGUCUGGAAUCUACGGUCCGGGAGAGGACAAAAUCUUUCCCCGCUUCAUUAAAAUUAUUCAGAACUAUUUACUGUACUUCACCUUUGAUACUACGGGCACAUGGACAAACUGGGUUCAUAUUUAUAAUUUAAAUCAAGCCUACCUCCUUGCUCGAAGAGCCCUAACAGCAGAGAGAAAUUUCAUUGCUAGUGGUCAAGCCUAUUUUAUACAUGAUGGAGAAAAAAUCAAUUUUUUCAAAUGGACAUCGGUUCUGUAUGAAAAGCUGGGUCAUCCGAAGCCAAGAUUGAUUCUGCCUGGGGUUGUUUUGAAAAUCGCAGUUACUUUGGUGGAACACCUGUACUGGCUUCUUAACCCCAUAUUUAACUUUACACCGUUCCUGACCAGAAGAGAGGUGGGACACAUCCUUGUUACCUACACUUUUCGGAUAGACAAAGCAAGGAAGGAGCUGGGCUUUCAUCCAAAGAAAUAUUCCUUGGCCGAAGUGGCAGACGAUUAUCUGCGAAGAAAAUCUAUGCGUGAAGACAAAGGAAGUCCCUCCCCCUAAUAUUCAGACUUGGCCCAAAGGUGUUUUUUUUUUUCAAAAGGCAACUGGAUUCUCUGUUUUUCCUUGAAGAGGUUUCGCUUCGCAUCCGAGAAGCUUCUUCCGUUCGGAGUGAAUGUUGGAAGGAUUAUUCCUUCCAGUCAUCUGCUCGUUAGCGCUCUCUCUGAGAGUUGUUGAGGCCACUUAGAGUGUCUUCAUAUUUUACAUCUUCACAUUGUUCUUUUUACGUUACGGCUUUUUUAUCCCUCAUCGAACAGUUUUCAGAAAACUUUUUUGCCUCUGGGGAACACAGGUAGUCCUCGACUUAUGGCCACAACCAAACCCCAAAAUUCCAGUCGGCAAGCGAGCAUUACCCCAUUUUACCACUUUUCUUUGCCACAGUUGUUAGGCGAAUCGCUGCCGUUGUUAAGGGAAUCACCCAGUCAUUAAGUGAACCUGGCUGACCCCAUAGGGUGAUCACAUGACCCUGGGAUGCUGCAACUGUCACAAAUACAUGCCAGUUUCCAAGUGUCCGAAUGAAUGUUGAUCACUUUUGAGGACACAAGUCUGCAAACUGCUUAUAAGUCACUUAUUUCAGGGCCAUUGUGUCUUCAAACGGUCACUAAACGAAUGGCUGUAAGUCAAGGACUACCUGUAAAUGGCUUGGUUUCAAGAAACCAAGAAAACCAUUCAGCUCAGAGAGAGCACCAAGGACCCCACAGAUUAACCCUGAGGUACACAUAGUCUCUUCAAUUGGUAAGUAACUAUGAGUCUGGCUUGGAAGUUGAUUCUUGCCUUUGAAGUAAGACCCAAAUUAUUUAUUUCCUGUCAGGUAGUGAUUCCCAGCAUUCCUGGCUUGGUGGCCCAGCUGGGAACGGGGAUGAGCAGAGGGGAUUAAUCAGGGGUGGGCUUCAAAAAUUUUAGCAAGGGGUUCUCUGUCCGGUUGCUGGGUGGGCGUGGCCAUGGUGGGCAUGGCCUAGUCAGCC